CGAACGCCAUAUUACGAGAGCGAAGCACCUCCGACUCCACCGAGUGCCACCGAGUCCUAUGGACGAUGGACGAUCCACCACGUUUCUCUACGUUCAGCGCGUGACACGGUUCGUUCGAGCGGAACUAGCGGAAUCAAGGUCGUUGUCCGCCGCGCGAGCGAGCGGUUGAAGCAGCUCGAGGAGAUACCCAAUCUCGUUAUCGUCAUCGGCCGUCGCAGCGCGCGACACGUUCCGGCCACGACACGCUGCCAGGUUGACGUCCCGCCUCCUGGGGAGGAGCGGUUAGGCCUCAAAGUAUACACACGUACUACUACACUUAAUUUUGCGUCAGCACGCAAGCUCACGGAAGUAUAUCAUAAUGCUAAUUGCGAGUUCCUCGCUGACGACGAGGUACGAGCUCACGGAAGUGUUAUUUGACGUGAGGAAGCGCCGAUAGAGGUAGAGAUAGGGUACGAUAAAGAGGAGAGAGAAGCAUGACGAUUACGUAGAGGUGUUCAACGACCGAAGAAGUCAGACAGAUCGGCAAUGUCGAGUCGCGAGCUCGCGCCCGGGUGGCAUGGAAACGCGGUGCGUGGCGCACCGCGAUGCCUGCAGUAACGCCACGAUACACCGUACACGUGAUGAUUGUCACCACGCGUCACGGGACGUGCUGCUGCAACACGGAACGUCGAGUCUUGUGUCCAGUUCUUCUGGUUCUGCUGCUGCUGCUGCUUUGGUAACGCGCGCACAACCAGGUGCCGCAGAUGCCAAUGAUGAUGAUGGCGCAGGAGGGUGAGAAGUAUCCUCUUCACAGAUGUAUAUUUCAGGGGGAUGUGAAGACGUUGAACACCUUGAUAAGGACGCACGAUAUUACAGGGAAGGAUAAGCAAGGAAAUACACCUUUGCAUUUAGCUGUGAUGUUAGGAAGAAAAGCAUGUGUUCAAUUAUUGCUUGCACACGGAGCACCUGUAAAGGUGAAGAAUUUAGCUGGUUGGAGUCCAUUGGCUGAAGCGGUCAGUUACGGAGAUAGAACAACCAUAUCAUCUUUAGUACGUAAAUUGAAGGAACAAGCGAGAGAGCAAAUGGAAGAAAGGAGGCCGAAUUUAGUUGCUGCGUUGCACCAAAUGGGAGAUUUUUAUAUGGAAUUAAAAUGGGAUUUUCAGAGUUGGGUACCGCUAGUUUCAAGAGUGUUGCCGUCAGAUAUAUGUAAGAUCCAUAAAAGUGGAGCUUCGAUUAGGAUGGACACGACUCUUGUAGAUUUUAACGAUAUGAGGUGGGAAAGGGGUGACAUAUCUUUCAUCUUCAAUGGUGACCAAAAGCCUAGCCAUUCACUGACUGUCCUCGACAAUAAAGCCAAACUUUUCCAAAGAGUGAGAUAUGAGGAAACAGAGCUUGAGAUAGAGGAUGAAGUUGAUAUUCUUAUGUCUAGUGAUAUUAUGGCAGCACAAAUGUCUACCAAAAGUAUCACGUUUUCUAGAGCACAGACAGGAUGGAUUUUUAGAGAGGACAAAAGGGAAAUGGUAGGCGCUUUCCAUGCUGAUUUUUAUCAAAUCAAUGGUAUGGUACUAGAAAGUAGAAAACGUCGUGAGCAUUUAAGCGAGGAGGAUCUUCAAAAAAAUAAAGCCAUUAUGGAAUCUUUUAUUAAAGGCAGCUCUCAAGGAUUUAAAAAUGGCGAGCCUCCUAUGAGAAGAGCAUCGUUGAAUCCACCUCCAGAAUCGAAUAUAACGUGGGAAGAAUACGUCGUUGCGCCACCUGGUCAGUGUCCGCUUCUAGGAAGAAAUCUUGUCUACAAAGAAAGUAGUAAAUCUUUUAAAGCCACUGUGGCGAUGAGUCCAGAUUUUCCCCUCACCGUCGAUAUGCUACUCAAUGUUCUGGAAGUGAUCACGCCGUUUAAGCACCUGAGCAAGCUGCGCCAAUUCGUACUUAUGAAGUUGCCCCCUGGAUUUCCAGUUAAAAUCGACAUACCAAUUCUGCCUACAGUCACUGCUAAAAUAACUUUUCAAGAGUUUGCCUUCCGAAAUGAUAUAGAUCCAGAAUUGUUUCAAGUGCCAUCCGACUACUUUGAAGACCCAAUGAGAUUUCCAGACUUAUGACGCUUCGACAUCCUAAUACUAAUCAAGAUCCAGCCUAGUCGGGGUCUGUUUUCUUCUAUGCUAGGGGACAAUCUGGCUUUCGUGAUUUCAGCCAGUCUGGAAAGCAUCUGCGCGAGCCGUUACGUUGUUCAUUGAAUAACUUGUCAUCAUAAUUUGAUCACACAUCUAACAGCGAAUAGUGUCGAAUAUUUACAAUGGGAUGUUCGAUAAUGAAGUAAAAUCUUCAGGAGACAAAUCUGCACUAAAAUCAGAGAGUGAAACUCGCAUACUAUUUAAUACCUAACUCAAUCACGUUUGUCUACUUGAUUUGCGAAGCAUGUUAAUGUUUAUAGAAGUAAAAAUCAAUCGUACUGUUGUGCUGCACUCAAACAAGUAUAUACUACGUACGAUGAGUGAUAUAAUUCGAUAUUUCAAAAUAUCACAUUCAGGAAUUCCCCACCUUUUGACUGUGUUUGAGAAUUAAAUUAAUAAUUUUUCAGAAAGUCUUUCUUAAACCCGUGUGAGAUCACUCGUUGGAGAUUAAGAAUCAUAAACUGGAGAUUAGAAUUCAACCAAUUGAAACAAAAUGAAUUGUAAGAUUAAAAUUAUCUUCUGAUAAAAAUUUUAAUCUCCAAUUAACAAUCCUUAAUUUUCAGCGUUUGGUCUGACCACGGUCUUUACUAUUCUCGGCCUUAAUCGUUGCAAUCAUGUUGGGUCAUUACAUCAGAUUAAAAAGAUUAUUGCAUUAUUUAUUUCUGCAGUAUGUAUAAAUUCUUGUUGAUAGUGACAGAUGAAAAAAGAAAUAGCUUUGAUAAAUAUGUAAACUUUAGUCAAAGUAUGUAAAUAUGUUUCUGUUACAAAUUUGUUAUUACGUUAUAAUCCAGUAUGAUUACAAGGAUGGGCCGAAGGGCUUAAUAAUCAAGCAGAGUAGAUUAGAUAACGAAUAUUGCUAUAUUUGUAUUCUACACUUUUCGCGAAUUAUCUAUCUAUUCUAAUGGGCGAAGAUAAUUGUUCAUAUUUAAUUUCUUCGCUAUUCUCACGAGCAAUACGUAUUUUUACUAUUGAAAUUUCGUAAACAUUAUAAUAUCUGGUCAACAAUUGGUCAUGUAAAACAAUAUUAGUCUAAAAUAUAUUCUUCAGUAUUACCAGUUUACAAUUAUGUAGUUUAUACUAUAACGAUUGUAACGUUUUUUUGUUUCUAGUAUAAACACCGUUUUUAAUGGAGUUGGCUUUUUAACCUUGCAUGAAUCGAUGCAUAAAGUCAUUAUUAAAUAUAACGAUUCGUACUCAUACUGCAUUCAGUACUAACUGUUGUUUACGUAAUUCUAGAUGUUGUAACUGCGAGAAGUAUAUAAACUAUAUCUGCAAAUUUCAGAUAUUUUUGAUCAGUUAUAUUUUUUUAUGUGAAAAUUUGAUCGCAUGUUAAGUUUCUAAUAUUUUUGAUAUUUUAAUACUAAUUAUAUUAAAAUGUUGAAAAAGUGAAUAAGUUUACUACAAAUUACAAGAAAAAUAAGAAUAUGACAUUUGUAUUUGUAUUCAUAGAACUAAAAAUUCACAUGACUUGAUUUUGAUUUUUUAAUAAAUCAAGUUAAAGAGAAAAGUUUUCCAAUAUCUGCAUUUAUAAAGUUUUUCUGCGUCUUAAAAUAGAAUAAGGUUUACGUUUAAUUCCAUACUUAACAUAAUUUUGAACUUUACAAAUGCAGGUUUUCAGCAUUUUAUAUAUCUAAGAUCAUUAAUGCCCUUAAACAGUAGUCAGAUUUAGACGCAAUUUUUGACCUGAUUUUCGCUCAGUACUCUCUUUUACCGCUCAUGUCUUAAUAACGAGUCGCCGCUGAAUGCAUUUGAAGUUAAAAGUCAACUUGUAUAAAAAAUUAUAAUUAUAGAUAGAAUCACGACCUUCGUUAUAAUUAUAAUAAAAAUUAUAAUAUCAUGACCUUCAUUAUGAUCGCUCUCCUAAUGCGGAGAGCGAUAUUAAUAAGCCUUAGUUACGCGUGAUCGGUAACUCGUUGUUGAUGAGAGUAAUAAAAAAAAGGGGGCGGGGGACAUUCGACCACUUUUAAGACAUAAGGAGUGCACAUUCAUUCAUAUAUUUAAGGCAUUGAUGAUUUCAGAUGCAUUUUGCAUUAUGAUUAAUGGGCACUUGUCGAAGAAUGCGAAAGUAUGAGUGCGGAUUGAUCUGCCUCGCUAUCGAAUGACUCUCGAACAAUCAUAAUGAAACCUAGCUCGAUGAUGUUUUUACGAUGUUAUGGAUUUUUCAGUGAAUAGACACAAAUUUCGAAAUAAACGAGAGUGGAUUUUCCUUGCCUGUUAUUUAGUUGUAUAAACUCCGUUAUGUUUUGUUUAAUAUAGAUUUGCAGUUAGGUUUUGGUUGUAUAUAUGAAAUAAAAAACGUAAUAUAAUUAA